AUGAAAAAAAAUAAUGUUAAUAAUAUAACAGAAACACUAAAUAGUAGUAGCAGUAGUAGCAGUAGUAGUGGUAGUAGUUCAGAUGAAGAAGUAAAAUCAAAACUUAAUUUUAAUCAAACUGAUGAAAUGUUAAAGAAAAUUAAAGAAAAUAAAUUUGAUUGGGCAUUAUUUAAGAGAUUUAUAAAAAUUGUGAUAAUAUUAUAUGAAAAACCAGUGAUUCCAUUAUUAUUAUUUUUAUUAUUAUUUGGUAGUGGAGUUUCACAAACUUAUAUUUCAAAAUUCACAGGUAUUUUAUUAUCAAACAUUUAUGGAUCAUUAACAAGUGGAGAUAAAUUUUUAUUCGUAUCAUCAUUGAUUAAAGGUUGUUUUGCAAUUGGUGGUAGUGCAUUAUUUGAUGCAAUCAUUAAAUUCAUCGUUAGUAUAAUGGCAUGGAAUUGGAGGAAAACUUUAUGUUUAUACAUUCAAAAUGUUUAUUUCAAAAAAUCAUUAUUCUACAAGAUAUUAGCAUUUGAUGAUAGAAUUGAUAAUCCAGAUCAACGUAUAACAUCUGAUAUUGAUAAUUUUACAACACUAUUAUCAUCAAUUGUAUCUCAAUGUAUCACUGGUCCAAUGGUAGUGGUUUAUUAUACAUAUUUAUGUUAUACUACUAUUGAUUGGUAUGCCCCGUUGAUUGUUUAUGGUUAUUUCUUUUUAGGUUAUUUCAUCAAUAAAUUAGUAAUGUCACCAAUGGUAUCAAUUAAUUAUCUUCAAGAUAAAUUAGAAGGUGAUUUUAGAUACCUUCAUCAAAGAAUUAGAAAUUUCUCUGAAUCAAUUGCACUCUAUAAUUUAUCAAAAGAAAAGCAACAAAAAAAAAGUACCACUAGUGUUGAUAAUUUGGAUUAUUAUGAUGAUGAUCAUCAUUAUCAUCAUCAUCACGAUGAUGGUGAAGAAUCUGAUGAAUACACUGAUAAAACAAAGAUUAUUAAUAGAAAAAAUAAAAAUUCAAAAAAUAAAAGAAGUGCUUUAUUAAAAAGAUCAAAUAAAAAUAUAAAAAAUGAAGAAUUAUUAGUUGAGGAAGAACAAGCAAAACAACAGUUUGAAGCUUUAUUAAAAAAUAAAAAGAGAGUAAUUUUUUGGCAAUUUGGUUUAAAUACAACAUCUGAUAUGUUUACAUUUUUUAGUCCACUUAUAAAUUAUUUUAUAAUAUCAAUUCCAGUAUUCUUUUUAAGUUCUAAAGCUGCAUUAGAACCUGCCCAAGUAACAGUUCAAUCAUAUAAUUGUAUUAUGUUAGCAAGUGGAUUUAGUCAAUAUAUUAAUGUUUCUCAAAGUAUCUCAGAUUUAUCUGGUUAUAUAUCACGUAUUUCAACAAUGAUUGAAGUUUGUAAAAAAGUUAUGGGUGAUACUUCAUUAGAUAUAGAGAUCACUAAAUUAAAUGAAAAAGAUAAAACCAAAUCAUUACCCAAUUCUCUAAUUAUUAAUAAUAGAGAUACUUCUAUUAAUACUGAUUUUAGACAUAUAUCUUUAAAUGAAGGUGAAAGUAUUACAUUGGACGAUGUUACCUAUUUUACUCCAAAAGGAACUCAAUUAUAUGAAAAAAUUUCAAUAUGUAUUAAAAAAGGAAAUAAUUUAUUAAUAAUGGGACCAAGUGGUUCAGGUAAAUCAUCAUUAAUUAGAAUUAUUAAUGGAUUAUGGCCAUUUUUUAAAGGUAGUAUCAAUAGACCAGAGAAUGAAGAUAUGUUUUUCUUACCACAACAACCAUAUUUAAUAUUUGGUACUUUAGAAGAACAAAUUCUAUAUCCAUUUAGUAAAAAACAAAAAAGAAUUCCAAAAUCAAUAAUGAGAGAAUUAUUCCAAAGAUUUGAUAUCGAUUAUUUAUUAGAUCGUGAAAGAUUCAUUAAAAAGAGUGCUCAAGUUAAUGAUCUCACUCAUAAUUGGUUAAAUCAAUUAUCACCAGGUGAACAACAAUUAAUUGCAAUUAUUAGAUUAAUCUAUCAUAAACCUAAAUUCGCUUUAAUGGAUGAAUCUACAAGUUCAAUUCCUCAAUCACUUGAAGAACGUGUUUAUUCUGUUGCUAAAGAAUUAGGAAUAACCAUCAUUAGUGUUGGUCAUCGUAUUUCACUUUUAAAAUAUCAUUCAACUUUAUUAAGAUUUGAUAAAGAUAAAAAUUGGUAUCUUGAAGAUAUAAUUAAUCAAAAUAAUCAAUCAAAUAAUAUUAAUACUAUUAAUAUUGAUAAUAAUACUAAUAAAAUAGCUGAAGAUUCUGUUUUUGAUUAA